AUGAUACAACCUGGUAGACCUCGUACUCAGGCCAGAGUCUUUGCUAUGACACAGCAUGAGGCACGAGCAUCUUUAGAGGUGGUGACUGGUAUGUUAACUAUUUUUUAUAAAGAUGCACACAUUCUUAUAGAUCCUGGUUCUACUCACUCUUUCAUAUCUCAAUCAUUCUCUGUGCACGCUGAUAGAGAAUUAAAACCUUUAGAUUGUGGAUUAGCUAUGAGUACUCUAGUCCGGGAUUCUGUUGUAUGUGAACAUGUGUAUAGGAAUUGUGUUGUUAAGUUGGGCAACCAUGAGCUGUUAGUGGAUCUGAUUCCUUUAUAUCUACAAGAUCUGGAUGUUAUCCUAGGUAUGGAUUGGUUAUCCCGUCAUCAAGCCACAAUAGAUUUUUUUGAGAAAUCAGUAGUAUUUAAUAGUCCAGAAGGAUCUAAGUUCACUUUUUUUGGGGAGAGGCGUUUACUCCCUUCUUAUGUGAUUUCUGCCAUGACUACUAGGAAGAUGCUUCGGAAGGGUUAUCAAGCGUACUUAGCCUAUGUGAUGGACAGUAGCUUAAAAGGACCUAAAUUGGAAGAUGUACCAAUAGUAAGCGAGUUUCCUGAUGUAUUUCCUGAAGAACUUCCCGAGUUGCCUCCAGAUAGAGAGAUUGAAUUCUCUAUUGAUUUAAAUCCAGCAAUUGGAGUUUUGGUUGAUCCUAAGAAGAUUGAAGCAGUAGUCAAUUGGGACCCUCCAACUAAUGUUAGAGAGGUUAGAAGUUUUCUAGGCUUAGCAAGGUAUUAUCGUCGUUUUGUUCAAGAUUUCUCCAUCAUUGCAGCACCAUUGACUAAACUCCUUCGAAAGAAUGCAAAGUGUGAAUGGACAGAUGAAUGUCAAGAGAGUUUCGAGAAGCUUAAAACAUGUCUUACAUCAACCCCAGUCCUUACCUUAUCCUCAGGUACAAGUGGAUUUGUGGUGUACAGUGAUGCUUCUCACAAGGGUUUAGGCUGUGUACUCAUGCAACAUGGGAAGAUUUUUACAGAUUACAAGAGUUUGAAGUAUCUUCUUACACAGAAGGAGUUGAAUUUAAGGCAAAGACAGUGGAUUGAGUUACUUGAGGACUACAACUGUACCAUUGAAUAUCAUUCAGGCAAAGCUAACAUGGUAGCUGAUACCCUUAGUCGCAAGUCCUUUAGUAAUUUAGCUUAUCUCAAAACAGUUUGGCUUCCCUUAUUACUAGAGAUCAGAUCCUUAAGGGUAGAAUUAGCAGUGGAUUAUGCAGGAGCAUUGUUGGAAACUCUCAAAGUUCGAUCAGUUUUGAUAGAAAAAGUCAGAGAUACCCAAAAUCAAGAUGAGCAGUUGAGUAAGAUCAAUAAUGAAGUAAGAAAUGGCACCCGUACCGACUUUUCCCUAAGGGAAGAUAGGACUUUAACGUCUGGUGAUAGAUUAUGUGCACCCAAAGUGAAAAGCUUGAAGAGAGAGAUUAUGGAGGAAGCCCAUUGUUCUGCUUACUCUAUGCAUCCAAGUAGUACAAAAAUGUUGCCUCGCACUUCGCAUGGACUUAAUGCAGUAUGGGUGAUAGUUGAUAGAUUAACCAAGUCAACAUACUUUUUACAUGUCAGGAUGGAUUAUUCUUUAGACAAAUUAGUAGAGAUCUAUGUCAAUGAGAUUAUAAGACUCCAUGGUGCUCUAGUUUCUAUUGUUUCAGAUAGAGAUCCAAGAUUCACUUCUCGAUUUUGGCCUAACUUGCAAAAUGCUUUAGGCACAAAGUUGAAGUUUAGCACUUCCUUUCAUCCUCAGACAGAUGAUCAAUAA